CGCCGGUGCGGUCGCGCGUGUUGGUGUGUUUUCCGUUGUGCAGCCGCGCGCAACGGUUCAACGUUUGAAAAUAAGUGCUACGGUUGCAGUUCGGCGUGUGUGCAAUUGCACCGGGCGUGGUGGAACGAAGCAGAGCCACCGUCUUAUGGUCAGUUAGGGAGGCACGAUGGUCGACCAGAAGGAACGCGACUUGGAGGAGGCUGUAGCGAUGGAAUCGGUAGCGGCACCACGUGUUGGUUGCUGUCGGAGAACGUCCAAGUUCAUUGGAGCGUACUGGCGGUCGAUGGUGGUCAUCGUUGCACCGAUGAUUGCCUCGCUAGUGUUCCUGAUUGAUACUUCGGCCGCGUAUCGGUGCAUGUUUGUCGUGGUGACGAUGUCCCUCUACUGGGUGACGGAAGCGAUCCCCCUGCCUGUAACGUCCAUGCUCCCGAUCGUACUGUUCCCUGUGCUGGGUGUACUGGAAACGGACCGUACCUGUAUGAUGUACAUGAAGGAAACGAUGCUGAUGUUCAUUGGCGGUAUCAUUAUCGCGCUGGCGGUAGAGUUCUGCAAUCUGCACAAGCGUGUCGCAUUGAAGGUGAUCUCCGUGAUCGGAUGUAGCCAGAGGCGGCUUAAUUUCGGCCUCACCGUAGUAACGAUGUUCGUGUCGAUGUGGAUCUCGAACACGGCCGCCGUUGCCAUGAUGUGCCCAAUUAUGCAGGCCGUGCUGGAGGAGCUGGAAUCGCAAGGACUGUGCCAGAUGUACGAACGCAGGAAGAAAACGGGCGAAGAGGAAGGCAUGCUUGGCAAGGAAAAGGUGGACGAUGAAACCCCUCGGCCAACGAAAACGACCCUCUGCUACUUCCUCGGUGCAGCUUAUGCGUCCACCCUUGGUGGCUGCGGUACGAUCGUGGGCUCCGGUGUGAAUCUCACCUUUAAGGGCAUCUACGAGAGUCGCUUCCCGACGGCACCCGGUAUCGAUUUUCCGAAGUUUAUGUUCUACAAUGUGCCCGGCAUGCUGGUCUACACGUUCCUCACCUGGGUUUACCUGCAGUGGCUGUACAUGGGCAUGUUCAGACCGAACAGUCCCGAGGCAAAGGCAGCUGACAUUGGUGCGGAGGGAGAAGCGGUCGCAAAGCGUGUCAUCGAGACGCGUUACAAGGAGCUGGGACCGAUGACGUCGCACGAGAAGAGCGUUGCGUUCCUGUUCAUCGUUGCGGUGGUACUGUUCUUUACCCGUGAGCCCGGAUUCAUCAAGGGUUGGGCGGAUGUGCUGAAUACGGUCAAAAUCAAGGAUGCAACACCGGCCAUGUUUAUUGUGAUAGUGCUAUUUAUGAUCCCAGCGAACUGGCGCUGUUUUAAGUUCUGCUGCGGCAAACCAGGACGCCUCCCAACCGAAGCAACUCCAGGACUGAUCACGUGGAAGUUCAUCAACCAGAAGGUACCGUGGAGUCUAAUCUUCCUGCUCGGCGGUGGAUUUGCGCUGGCGGAAGGAGGUCGCGUGUCUGGAAUGUCCACCCUGCUUGGUCAAUCUUUGAUCGGUUUGAAGGCACUUCCACCGUUGCUGUUGCUCUUCGUGGUGUGUCUUACGGCACAGACACUGACUGAGUUCACCUCGAAUGUGGCUAUCUGCAACGUUAUAUUACCCGUGCUAGCCGAAAUGGCAAUUGCGAUCGAGAUCCAUCCGCUGUAUUUAAUGUUCCCGGCAGCGAUGUCGUGUAGCUUUGCGUUCCACAUGCCAGUAGGAACGCCACCGAAUGCGAUCGUCGCCGGUGUUGGUAACAUUGCGAUCAAGGACAUGGCUGUGGCCGGUAUUGGACCGUCAAUAUUUACGCUGCUCGUUAUCUGGGCAAGCUUCCCAACGUGGGGUGCCGUCGUUUACCCGGAGCUAGCUACUUUUCCCGACUGGGCCCGACCCGUCUUGGCGAAUGCAACGCUAAAUUAAGUACCGAAGGAUAACAGCUAACAGUGACAUAGUUUAUUUUUGAUCUUUUUUUCCUCCUCCACGCAUGUGGAAGCAAGGCCUGAAGGUAGACCAGAUGUAAAAUACUUCGGUAAUAUACCUUCCGGGAGUAGGCAAUCGGAUUCACAUACCUGUGCGGCUUUGGUACGUGCGUUAUUUUUAUGUUAGAAUACGUUCCAAAACAUGUGCCAAAAGAAGCCAAGCUGGUCGAGUGUAGGGACCACGGUGUAAAGCAUUUAUUGGGAAAAUGAAAACAAACUGCCAAACCGUGGUUGAUCCAUGGACACAAGAAGCGGUGCAGUUCCAUAAAGCAUUUGGCUAGUGGAGUUUGACUUAGAGCGGCUUGACACUUUGCUUGCAGAUGGAACACAAAACGAAAGGAACACGAUAUGUUUUUAAAAAAAAAAAAUUAUUUUAAUCUUGCUACUCUGCUGUACAUCGGUACUUAGAAAAUGCAUGUAACAAAUUAGACAGUGCCUAGUGAAGACGCAUUAAACAAAGAAGCAUCGAAUUAGCUGCCUGGUCGGAGCCCAUUCUUAUGUUCGAGUCUUCCAGUGUGAAACAAACUAACAGAGGAUCAUACGUUAAAAUUUCAGUGCGAAGAAUGUGCAACUGGCCAGGGCAGCAGCAAUGAGCGAACAAUGAGCUACUUAGUGUAAAUUAGUGACUGAGAUGGGACAGAUUUUAUUGUUCUUUCUAAAUACAUAAAUACACACACAAACACCUCCCAGGACGAAGAAGACAUUAAGUGUGAUGAACAUUAGAGUGGUAUCACUACGUUUAUUGUUUUGUUUGCCCGUUGUACAAUGAUAGGAACAAACGCAUGAACAGCGACUAAAAAUAUGCAAAACUCUGCUAGAAUGGCUAGAAAUUAUUAGAGAUAAUAAAUAAAUAUACGAUUAUUGUUAACGAGA